AUGGAUUCCAAAGAUGAGAGCGCACACGUGUGGCCCGAGGCUGCAGAACACGAAGAGGGCGCCACACAGGUACACUUUGUUCCAGAUGCCGGAACUGUGGCUCAGAUUGUCUACACCGAUGACCAGGGUCGGCCGCCCCAGCAGGUGGUGUACACGGCAGAUGGUGCCUCCUACACGUCAGUGGACGGGCCCGAGCACACCCUGGUGUACAUCCAUCCCGUGGAAGCUGCUCAGACUCUGUUUACAGACCCUGGCCAGGUAGCUUAUGUCCAACAGGAUGCUACAACUCAGCAGGCCUCAUUGCCGGUGCAUAACCAGGUGUUAUCUUCCAUCGAGAGUGUGGACGGCUCGGACCCUCUGACCACUCUGCAGAACCCUAUGAGUAGACUGGAGGCCAAAGAGGAUGAGGAUGAGGAUGAGGAUGAGGACUCGGAGGAAGAGGAGGAGGAAGAUGGUGAAGACACAGACCUGGAUGACUGGGAACCGGAUCCCCCUCGGCCCUUUGACCCGCACGACUUAUGGUGUGAGGAGUGUAACAAUGCCCACUCUUCAGUGUGCCCGAAGCAUGGCCCCUUGCACCCCAUCCCCAACCGUCCUGUGCUCACCAGAGCCCGAGCCAGCCUGCCCCUGGUCCUCUACAUUGACCGGUUCCUUGGAGGUGUGUUCUCCAAAAGGCGCAUCCCUAAGCGCACCCAGUUUGGCCCCGUAGAGGGACCUCUUGUCAGGGAGUCCGAGCUGAAAGACUGUUAUAUUCACCUAAAGGUUUCCCUUGACAAAGGGGACAGGAAAGACAGGGACUUGCACGAAGACCUGUGGUUUGAGUUGUCUGAUGAGACCCUUUGUAACUGGAUGAUGUUUGUGCGUCCAGCCCAGAACCACCUGGAGCAGAACCUGGUGGCUUACCAGUAUGGCCAUCACGUGUAUUACACAACCAUAAAGAACGUGGAGCCCAAGCAGGAGCUGAAGGUGUGGUACGCCGCGUCCUACGCUGAGUUCGUGAACCAGAAAAUUCACAACAUUUCAGAGGAAGAAAGGAAAGUUCUUCGAGAGCAAGAGAAGAACUGGCCCUGCUAUGAAUGUAACCGCCGAUUUAUAAGCUCGGAGCAGUUGCAACAGCAUCUCAAUUCUCAUGAUGAGAAACUGGAUGUAUUUAGCAGAACGAGAUGCAGAGGGAGGGGACGAGGCAAGAGGCGAUUUGGCCCAGGUCGCCGGCCAGGACGCCCUCCAAAGUUUAUCCGCUUGGAAAUCACCACUGAAAACGGGGAGAAGUGUGAUGAUGGGACACAGGACCUGCUACAUUUUUCCCCCAAGGAGCAGUUUGAUGAGGCUGAGCCAGCUACGCUGAAUGGGCUGGAUCAACCAGAACAGACCACCCUCCCCAUCCCGCUGCCACAGGAGCCCCCAUCUUCCCUAGAGCAGGAGCCGGAAGUUCACACCCUGCACCUGCAGCCCCAGCACGAGGAGAGCGUGCUGCCCACCCAGAGCACGCUGACCGCCGAUGACAUGCGCAGGGCCAAACGCAUCCGAAACGCAGCUCUCCAGCAUCUGUUCAUUCGAAAGUCCUUCCGGCCUUUUAAGUGUUUGCAGUGUGGGAAGGCCUUCCGGGAAAAGGACAAGCUGGACCAGCACUUGCGCUUCCACGGGCGGGAGGGGAACUGCCCGUUGACCUGUGACCUCUGCAACAAGGGCUUCAUCAGCAGCGCGUCCUUGGAGAGCCACAUGAAGCUCCAUUCGGACCAGAAGACUUACUCUUGCAUCUUUUGCCCGGAGUCUUUUGACCGCCUUGAUUUGCUGAAAGACCACGUGGCCAUUCAUAUCCAUGACGGCUACUUCACCUGCCCGACCUGUAAGAAGCGGUUCCCAGAUUUCAUCCAGGUGAAAAAACACGUGCGAAGCUUCCACUCAGAAAAGAUCUACCAGUGCACGGAGUGCGACAAGGCCUUCUGCCGCCCCGACAAGCUGCGCCUCCACAUGCUCCGGCACUCGGACCGCAAGGACUUCCUGUGCUCCACGUGUGGGAAGCAGUUUAAGCGCAAAGAUAAGCUGCGGGAGCACAUGCAGAGGAUGCAUAAUCCCGAGAGGGAGGCCAAGAAAGCCGACCGCAUCAGCCGCUCCAAGACCUUCAAGCCUCGCAUCACGUCCACCGACUACGACAGCUUCACGUUCAAGUGCCGCUUGUGUAUGAUGGGCUUCCGGAGACGGGGCAUGCUGGUCAAUCACUUAUCAAAGAGGCACCCAGACAUGAAGAUAGAAGAGGUGCCCGAGUUAACCCUGCCCAUCAUCAAGCCCAACCGCGACUACUUCUGCCAGUACUGUGACAAGGUUUACAAAAGUGCCAGCAAGCGCAAGGCCCACAUCCUGAAGAACCAUCCCGGGGCCGAGCUCCCGCCAAGCAUUCGGAAGCUCCGUCCUGCCGGCCCUGGAGAGCCGGACCCCAUGCUGAGUACCCACACCCAGCUCACCGGCACCAUCGCUACCCCUCCCGUCUGCUGCCCCCACUGCUCCAAACAGUACAGCAGCAAGACCAAGAUGGUCCAGCACAUUCGCAAGAAGCAUCCAGAGUACGCCCAGCUCCCUAACGCCUUGCACACGCCGCUGACCACCGCCGUGAUCAGCACCGCCCCGGCCGUCUUAACCACCGACAGUGCCACCGGCGAGACUGUGGUGGUAAGUGUGUGGCCGGCCAGAACAUCUCGUGUCCUUCAGGGGUCACAGCUUUUCAGGGCCAGAGCCACCUCCCCCCAUCAGUCUCAGCAGUCCACCGUGGACGUGGGCCAGCUGCACGACCCACAGACCUACACCCAGCACGCCAUCCAGGUGCAGCACAUCCAGGUCACCGAGCCCGCCGCCUCAGCCCCGGCCUCUCAGGUGGCUGGGCAGCCCUUGAGCCCCUCCUCCCAGCAGUCUCAGCAGGGGCUCAGCCCCUCCCACAUGCAAGGCAGCUCCUCCGCCCCAGGCCAGGCUCCCCAGCAGCAGCAGAGCUCUGUGCAGCACACUUACCUGCCCAGCACCUGGAACUCCUUCCGUGGCUACUCAUCGGAGAUUCAAAUGAUGACGCUCCCCCCAGGACAGUUUGUGAUCACAGAUAGCGGUGUGGCAACUCCGGUCACAACUGGCCAAGUGAAGGCGGUUACUCCGGGUCAUUAUGUGUUGUCAGAAAGUCAACCGGAACUGGAGGAAAAGCAGGCUUCCGCCCUCUCUGGGGCAGUCCAGGUUCAGCCAACUGCUCACAGUGACUUGGACCCUCAGACAACCAGCCAACAGCAGGCCACACAGUACAUCAUCACAACCACCACCAACGGCAACGGGAGCAGGGAAGUGCAUAUCACCAAACCUUAA